AUGAAGGUACCCUUCCAUCAAGCUCUGCUUGCCAUCUGCACCUUCACUCUAACAGCCGCAACUCCACUCCUUCGCCUCUACCACUUCGAGAAACCAAGACAAACAACUUCAAUCCCUCCACGCCACGAAACCAUCCAAGUACGCGACGACCUCGAAGAACACGGCAAGAUAGGUGGUAUGUACAUGUGCACCGGCAUCAACUUCACCGGCACCUGUAAAUACAUCCAGCCAGCAAUGGGUACAUGCUACACCUUGCCCGCACCCUUCAAAUCCAGUAUCGCCUCUUUUGGUCCAGAUCAAGCUUUUAGCGGAUCGAUUCCAGCAUUCGCAUUUGGAUGCAGACUGUAUGAGGAUGAGACGUGCAGCGCAGGAAAAGUGAGGUUCGAGUAUCCUAGAGUCAGCAGUGGGAAGUUAUGGGUCGAUCCCAAGAGUGUCCAGUGCAAGUUCUACAAUCAGGCUGCGAUGAACUUGUACAAGUGGUUGCUGGAGUCUUGA